UGCCCGGACUUGGCUUCUAGGUCUCUGAGCCCAGGUUUCUCUUCCGGAAGCUGCUGGAAGGAUCCGGAGCUCCCUUGCGCUGGGGCAGGCAGGAGGCGGGGUCAGCGAAGCCACGGCCACGCGUUCGGGACGUUUUGGUGAUCUGAAGAUCUUUCCUGGAUGUGGACUAUAAUUUUUCAAAACCACUGUGUGGCAGAAGCACUGAAUACAUUUGUUGAAAAAUGUUUGGGAGAUUGACUCUUCCACAACUGCUUUUUGCUACCAUCCUUGGAAUUGCUGGAGGAAUGUAUAUUUAUCAACCAAUAUUUGAACAGUACUACCGAGAUAAGAUGGAAUUUAAAAAAAAGUUGAAAUUGACACAAGAAUCAGAAGAGAAGAAAAGUUAAUACUACAUGGAGUUGAACUGCAAUUGUUUAGUUCUAUUGAAAUUAUACACUGACUAUAAAUAAUGUAGUAAGAACUUCUCAAAUAUAUUUUAAACAUAAAUCAUAGGCCAUGAUUUUAAAACAAA